AAAUUUUGUCCAAAAUGUUCUUUUUCCUUUGUGAAAUUAGAGCAAACCUUGAAACUAAAGCGAUUUUUGUAAAAUAAAUCCUAAACUUACAGAAGUAGUAUUUCCCGCAGAGAAAGCCUGUGAAGGCUUUUCGAAAUUCUCCGUGAUCAUGGCAAGACAGCGAAUCCUCAGCGCGAUCCUGGCCAGAAGCCAGGCGCUGCGCCACUACCGCUCGACUUUUGUGCAGGGAACCCGGCUGGAGUACGUCUCCUACAGCUCUCCGAGGAACCAAAUGGAGGCGCCGCCAUCCUGGCGCCAUGUGGCCAGCAACCUGAGCCAGCAUGGCCUGCGCCAGGUGAUCACCGUGGAUGCCCGCAAUCAUGGUCUCAGCCCGCACAUCUCGGGUCACUCGCCGCUCCACCUGGCCGCCGACGUGGAGGCCCUGAUGGGUCACCAGCGUCUGAAUAAGAUCGUGGCCCUGGGCCAUGGAAUGGGCGGCCGGGCCAUGAUGACCCUGGCCCUCACCCAACCGCAGCUCGUGGAGCGCGUCAUCCUGGUGGACACGACGCCGGCUCCGGUGCCCAGUAACUUCUAUCUCACGAGGGAGGUGUUUGAGAUGAUGAUUCAGGUGGCGCCCACCAUUCCGCGGAAUCUUUCGCUCUCCGAGGGACGCAGGUUCAUCCUGCCCAUUUUCCAGGACGUGGUCCAAGAUGGGUCCGAACUGCGCCGGGUUAUCCAGAAUCUGCGCAAGCUGCAGGAUAGUAGUUUUGGUUGGUCGGUGAAUCCGCAGGCGGUGCUCAGCUCCUGGGCGGAACUGAUGAUUGACUACGAGGCCACUAUAGGAGGACUGAGUCCCUAUAUGGGCGAAGUGCUGCUCAUCGCCGGUUCCCAGUCGGAGUUUGUGACCUCGUCCAGUAUUUCCAUAAUGCAGAGGUACUUCCCCAACACGGUGGUCCAAAUUCUAGACGCAGGUCACUGUGUUUACGAGGAUCAGCCGGAGCAGUUUGUGGAGCUGGUGGUGGAGUUCACCCAGGUUUGCCUAGUUUGUUGAAGAGGAGUGCUGAAAUUUCAGCUUUUACCAUACUCCAUUGAUAAUUGCACUGUCAGCACAAUGGAAACCGCAGAAAAAACUGGCUGAAUGGCAGGGGGCGACUUGUAGUGCUGCAGUGAAAAUCGAUGGGAAAUCAACGUGGCAGCCAAUCGAAAGGAUACCCGAUAACCGAUACUCGACUCAGGUGCUCCCAAGUGGGAGCCAGGACGAGUGGCGCACAAAGGCCAAUGCCUCAGCCCGCCAAUUUGCCAAUAAAGCAGCCGAAGGUGAGGCGAAAUGCGCCACAAUGCGAUACAAUUUA